AGAGAGAGACGUUAAACUGCUUUUGCUUCUUCUUCCUCCUUUUGGAAAAUUAAUUAACUAAAUUAAUUGGUUAAUUAAAGUAACCGCUGGCGACUGGUACCAUCAGCGGUUUCUAUAUAUUGGCCUUCUUUCCAUGCUUUUGCCGCGGCACCCAAAAAUCUUCACACUUUCCAGGAAUCCCACCACUACUUCUUAUUCCUCGCCCUCCUCUGCCUCGUGUACUGCGCUGUCGUUUUGACAGCCGCAUUUCGCUUGCUUCCAUGGCCAAGAGCAUACUAGUCACCGGCGGAGCCGGGUACGUCGGCAGCCACACCGUGCUUCAGCUUUUACUCGGCGGCUUCAAAACCGUUGUCGUUGACAAUCUCGACAACUCAUCUGAAGUCGCCAUUAACCGUGUCAGGGAACUCGCUCGUGAUUUUGGCAAAAACCUCUCCUUCCACAAGCAGGACCUCCGGGACAAAGCUGGACUCGAUAAUCUCUUUUCUUCAACACCAUUUGAUGCUGUCAUACACUUUGGUGGACUCAAAGCGGUUGGUGAAAGUGUUCAGAAACCGUUGCUCUACUAUAACAACAAUAUAAUUGGGACAAUUACUCUGUUGGAAGUCAUGGCUGCCCAUGGAUGCAAAAAGCUUGUGUUCUCAUCGUCAGCAACUGUUUAUGGUUGGCCGAAGGUGGUCCCAUGUACAGAAGAUUUCCCACUUGUUGCAGCCAAUCCUUAUGGACGAACUAAGCUUUUCAUUGAAGAAAUUGUUCGUGAUCUUUACCGCUCAGACUCUGACUGGAAAAUCAUAUUGCUGAGAUAUUUUAAUCCAGUUGGUGCACAUCCUAGCGGCCUUAUUGGUGAGGAUCCUCGUGGGGUACCAAACAAUCUCAUGCCGUUUGUGCAGCAAGUUGCUGUAGGCAGGCGUCAAGCACUGACGGUGUUUGGAACUGACUAUAAUACCAAAGAUGGUACUGGGGUACGUGAUUAUAUUCAUGUAUGUGAUUUAGCAGAUGGGCACAUCGCUGCAUUGCACAAGCUAGACGAGGGUACCAUAGGUUGCGAGGUGUACAAUUUAGGAACAGGUAAAGGAACAUCAGUCUUGGAGAUGGUUGCAGCAUUUGAAAAGGCAUCUGGAAAGAAAAUUCCUCUUGUCACGUCUGGGAGGCGUCCUGGUGAUGCUGAAGUUGUAUACGCAUCAACAGAAAAGGCAGAGAGGGAACUGAACUGGAAGACAAAAUAUUGCAUUGAUGACAUGUGCCGGGAUCAGUGGAACUGGGCUAGCAAAAAUCCAUAUGGCUAUGAAACUUCAGACUCUAGCAGCUGAGAGCUGAUAGUUUCAUAUGCUUUAUAUGUUAGUUUAGCGUUUAUUGACAGUGAAACUAGACUAGCCAAAUCCGUAUAGCUUUGGACGUGCAGACUAAGCAACUGUAAGGUGAUAGUUUCAUAUGCUUUAUAUUUAGGUUUAGUGAUCGUCACCUCUCACCCUCGAUGUAAAGCUUUAGCGGCCUUGCAGAGAUUAGGUUCGUUCUCAUGAGCUUCGUUGGCAGAUCCUUAACCAGUUAGUCACUGUGGUGUUAAGAUUCUGGCCAAUUAAUGUUAUGUUUUGGUUUUACAGUUUUACUCAAUCAUCACAGUUUUAGUAGUACAGUUCUAACCAAUUGCUGUUACUUAUGCCUCCUCCAUGUAUUUUGAGAUCAGACCGCUUUAGACCAUUAUUUGCAAUACAGGAAUUCGGAAUGUCCAGAAGAAACUUUGUUGUUGGAAACAUAUAUGCUUUUGAUUUGCAGUCUGCACUUUGUUGUGUAAUGGAUUCCAUGGGAGAAAUUCUUGGUUGCGGCCGAACGUGCAACGUCGUCAGUGCCCGAGAAUCUAUCAUGGCGCCCAAGGCCCCAGGCAGUUUGGAGCCAUUGCAUGUUGCGAGGCCCGAAAUAGUAACUCUUGGGCUGCGUUUCACUUAUAGUCUCAUUCAAUGUCAAUUUUUGUUGUUUAGAAAUAUUUUAUUAGAAAUUUAAACUACGAAAGAUAUUAUAUCUUCCAGAUUUAGGAAUAUAAAUUCGGAUAAUAAGCUAGACUUUAUAUUUUUAAAAGAAUUGAUUCGGAAUGCAAGAAAAGAAACUACUUCA